AUGCCUCCAGAAAAGCCUCUGCUGAAUGGACAAGAGUCACUGACCAUAGGUUUUGUGUUUAAGCAGUUUUUCUCCACUUGCUGCAACAAUUUGAAGAUGUUUCUGCACAGAAGCUUUAUCAGAGGGCUGUGGCUUGGGCUUCUGCUACUUGCUCUUGUGCAUGAUGCCUCAGUCCAGGGGAAAAAUGUGGCAAAUAUGACAAACUACAAACUGCGUGAUGAUGGAGGGAAUGUUAAUUUUCAAUUUCCGGGUCGACGUGAAUGUUUAGUGGAGGUGGUUUUCAUUGUGGACAGCUCUGAGAGUGCAAGGUACCUAUAUGACGAGGAGAAGCAGUUGGUGAAGGACUUAAGCACCGAGCUCAAUGGGCUCAACUUGGAAGACCAUAACCUGGAUAUUCGAAUGGCUUUACUUCAGUACAGCAGCUCUGCAGUCCACGUGCACAGACUUGUGGACUGGACAAAUCUGGAAUCUUUCCACAGAAAAAUUGACCGCAUGAGCUUACUUGCCAAAGGCACCUUCACAGCAUUAGCCAUUAACAAAGCUGCAGAUAUGGUGAAGAAUGAAAAGCGGAGUAAAAGUGUCCGUAUCGUAGUGCUCAUGAAUUUUGGAGUUGAUCAUCCUAACAGCCCUGACGCGGUAACAGCUGCCUUGGCUGCCAAAGGCAACGGCAUCAAGAUCUUCGUUUUGGGGUUACCGGGUGUUUCCCUUCAGACAGACAUCCAGAAUAAGCUUGUGGCCAUCGCAAGCUCACCUGCUGAGACGUAUUUCCAUAAACUGAAUGAGCCUCAACUAAAAAACAACCUGUUACAACACAUGAAAACUGUUGUACAGGAACUGUGCUGUUGUGUGCACGAAAAAGGAGAGAGAGGCUCACCAGGCCCUCCUGGAGAGAAAGGAGAAAGAGGAAAUGACGGGUUUCUUGGUCAAAAAGGAGAUAAGGGUGAGCGUGGAUUCAAAGGAGAUGAAUGUUCAGAGGGACGUUCAGGUCAGAAGGGCGAAAAGGGGAAGAAAGGAGAAUGUGGCAAUAUUGGAGAUAAGGGUGAAAAAGGACUUGAUGGAAGAGAUGGCCAACCAGGACCUAAAGGAGAUAAGGGUUCAAUAGGACCAAUAGGAGACAUAGGUCCUGAGGGCCCAGCAGGACCUAAAGGGGACAGAGGGCCUUCUGGUGAACCUGGAACACCAGGAGACUCUAGGAUUGGACCUCCAGGGCUCAAGGGUGAAAAGGGCAUUCAAGGAUUACCAGGUCAAAGAAGUCUCGGUGAGAAAGGAGAACCGGGAAUGCCUGGGCCAGUAGGACCAAUUGGACCAAAAGGAGACCCUGGACCCCGAGGACAAGGGUUUCCAGGACCAAAAGGAGACCGUGGAUUUCAAGGUCCAAAAGGAGACCGUGGGCCUGUGGGUGAUGGGAUCAAAGGUGAUAAGGGUUAUGAUGGGCUUCCAGGACCCCAAGGUCCACCUGGUCCUCCUGGAUUUGGACUUAAAGGGGAAAAGGGAAACGAAGGCCCAAUUGGACCCACAGGACCCAGAGGACCUCCAGGAUACGGACUCACAGGGCCAAAGGGGAAUCAGGGGUUUCCAGGUGAGCCUGGGGCCAAAGGUGAGAGAGGUGUGGGAACACCAGGACCGAAGGGUAACACGGGAGCUCAGGGUUUAUCAGGACUUCCUGGUCUACCAGGAAAGGACGGAAGCCCAGGACAAAAGGGUGAUGUUGGCUUGCCAGGACCCAGAGGAGCCGACGGGAUUCCUGGUAGAGGAUUUCCUGGAGCGAAAGGGGACAAAGGGGACUGCGGGAGCAGAGGCCAGCCAGGUCCACCUGGCCCAAUAGGGCCGAUUGGUCCAAAGGGGGAACAGGGAAAUAUAGGACUACCAGGACUAACUGGGCCUCCUGGCAGGGGGAUUCCUGGAGACAAGGGAGAUCAGGGUCCACGGGGUCCGGCUGGAGACGUGGGAAAACCUGGGAUUGGAUUUCCUGGACCCAAGGGUGACCAAGGCCCCCCUGGUCCUGUCGGGCCACCAGGACCAAAAGGUCAAAGUUCCUCCUGCCUCCCAGGACCUCCGGGACCUCCUGGUCUGCCAGGAGAGAAUGGAAUUGAUGGAUCUGGUUUUCCUGGACCCAAGGGGGACAUGGGCUUCAUUGGACCCCCUGGUCCUCGAGGAAUUAGUGUGAUAGGUCCAAAGGGUUCGGCAGGUCCAAUUGGACCUCCUGGCCCUCCAGGGAUACCCGGAGGAGAAUUACCAGGACAAAAGGGGGAACCUGGACUUCAGGGAAAUCCUGGACCCAGAGGUCCUCCAGGACAAGGUCUGCCAGGAGUCAAGGGAGACCGAGGAUCCACAGGUUUACCUGGAAAAAAGGGAGAGUCUGGUGAUCCUGGAGAUAAAGGAGAGAUUGGACCUUCGGGCAUAAAGGGACACAAAGGAGAACCCGGACUAACAAGGAGUGAGAUCAUACAUAUAAUCAGAGAAAUUUGCAACUGUGAGAAGCCCAAUAAAGACGAACCUCUAGAACUCAUCUUUGUAGUUGAUGCCUCAGAGAGCGUGGGCAUUGAAAACUUUAAUUUGGCCAAACAGUUUAUAUACAUGCUGCUAAGCAACACCAAACUCAAACACGAUAACAUACGUGUCGCCAUUAUCAUCUAUAGCGACGAUCCUAAAGUUUUCCACCGCCUCAUUGACCCAAUAUCGGAUCUCAAUAAAAUAAUGGACCGUUUGGAGUAUCUGGGCGAGGGCACCCGCACCGGCAGAGCCAUUGAACAAGCCAACAAGGAGUUUGAGUUUGCACGGCCAAAUGUGAAGAAAGCAGCUAUCGUCAUCACAGACGGACAGACUAACCCGGAGGACUUGCCUGAUUUGAGGAAUGCUGUAAAAAAAGCUAAAGAAAAUAAUAUUGAGAUAUUUGCCAUCGCGGUGGUGGAUAUGAAUAACGCCAAUGCAUACAACUUCAUAGAGGAGAUAGAGUUCAUCGCCUCAAAACCUUCCCAUCCGCAUGUGUUCCCCAUCGAUGACUACUCAAGGCUUUCAGAACUUGCGGAAGCUCUCAUGAGUGGUAUCUCUGAAGAAGGUGCCCUGUUUAACACUAAAUUCAUAUCCCCCAUACUUAUUCCUUUGUUCUUAAGAGACACUGAUUACAAUAGUGAGCCACCAUAUGAGGAUGGACACAAUCCCACCUUCCAGAGGGUUCUGACAAUGUCACAGGCAGAUUCUACAGCAACCCCCUCCAAGAAGGAGUUGGUCCUUCCGCAGAGACCAAAGACAGGCUGCAGGCAGAGCCUGGAUCCAGGCCCGUGUCACGACUACGUCAUGAAGUGGUACUAUGAUGCCACGUCUAACUCCUGCUCCCAGUUCUGGUUUGGAGGUUGUCAAGGAAACCAAAACCGCUUUGAUACGGAGAAGACAUGUAGAGAGACCUGUGAAAGGUUCUAAUCCUUUAGGCAAUAAAUAUGUAUGUUAUCAAGUAAAUGCUAGAAACAUUUUAGUCAAACUUUAAAUGUGAAUAGAUUUAGUGGUUUCAUCUCUUUUUAUUAUUGAGCAGUCAUUGUCACUGUAAACACAGUUGUUUGACAAUAAAUGACUUUACACAUUUGUA